AUGAACGCCGUUUCCUUUGCUCUCUUCCUUAUUCUUGCUGUGUCGAUGGUUCAGGGUCUAACUCUGGUCAUCAAGAAGAACCGCAAGUACAAUGAUCCACCAUUCUGCUUCUCUUACAACAGAGAAUACAAUGAAAAUGAUGUAACUUCGUCCUGCUCUGGAUACCAAUUCGACUGCUUCGACUCUGCCGGAGCUCAAAUUGGAGAAACUGAGCAGUUCAAUAAAUCGGAUUGCGAGUCCAUGUCUGUGUUCCGGUCCUUCUCUGACGCUGACUUCCAGAAGCGUCUUGACAAUGCUAGUAAAUACGCAUCAACUGCCGAAGCAUCUGGUCACUAA